GUCACUACAUCAGUCCUUUAUGCACAACUAGGUACACUUUAAUAUUAAAUAAUUAUUCAUUCGUUUUCUAAACAUAAUUGCUAAGUACUUUCCUAAAUAUUAUUUCAAAAAAUCCAAACGGAAGGUUUAGCUGUCGUCAGAAAAUCAAUUUUAUAUUACAUUUCUAACGAAUCCAACAAAAUUUUUUUGUCUCGACACCACAUUUUAAUAAUGGAAGGGACUGAUAAUGUUGUUACAUACUUGGAUACACCUGAUAAAUCUGAAACCGACAAGAAGCAAUACAAAACUAUUAUGCUUCCAAAUGGUCUCCUUAUAUUAAUUAUUUCUGAUCCAACUCCUGUACCACAUGAUGGGUUCACGACAUCUUCUAGUCAAACAUCAGACGACUCAGGAUCUGAAGAAUCGGAUAGUAAUGAAGACGAAGAAAAUUCUCACUCCGAUCCUGACGAUGAAGAUGACAGUUCGGAUGAAGAAGGUGACGAAAAGUUAGCUGCAUGUUCGCUCAUGAUUGACGUUGGAUCCUUCUCUGAUCCCAAGGAAUACCAAGGCCUUUCCCAUUUCCUAGAACAUAUGAUAUUUAUGGGAUCUGAACAAUUUCCAGCUGAAAAUGCAUUUGAUGCACACGUCAAGAAGUGCGGAGGGUUUGACAAUGCCCAUACAGAGUGCGAGGAAACAAUGUUUUAUUUUGAAUGUUCAGAAGAACACUUGAAUAGCACUAUUGAGAUAUUUUCAGCGCUUUUUAAAGCUCCUCUAAUGAAAAAAGAAGCCAUGACAAGAGAAAGAGAUGCUGUUGAAUCAGAAUUUCAGAACACCAUUCUUGAUGAUGAGGCUCGUCGAGAUCAGUUACUUGCUUCUCUUGCCAAUCCAAACUAUCCCAACAGUAUUUUCGCUUGGGGAAAUUUAAAGUCACUAAAAGAAAAUAUUGACGAUGAGGAGUUGUACCAAAAAACGCAUCAAUUCCGGAUAAGACAUUAUAGCAGUCAUCGGAUGUUCGUGUGUUUACAAGCAAGGCUUCCAAUUGAAGACUUGGAGGAAAUGGCCGUUAAGCAUUUUAAGGAUAUACCCAAUAAUAAUCAAGGCGGAGAUGACUUUUCCGUGUUAAAUCACCGUGAUGCUUUUAAUCCAGAAUUCUAUGAAAGAGUGUAUUUCGUUAAGCCGGUUGAAAACGUUAAUAAGGUGGAGCUAACGUGGUGUCUUCCACCAUUUAGAAAGGCAUACCGCUGCAAACCCGAUCAUUUCUUAUCAUACAUUAUAGGAUACGAAGGAAAGGGUAGUUUAUGUGCUUAUUUACGAAACAAAUUGUGGGCGAUGGAAUUGAUAUGUGGUGUAGACGAUUCCGGUUUUGAUACAAAUAGUAUUUAUUCCCUUUUUAACCUUUGCAUUUAUCUAACAGAUGAGGGCCUUUUGCAUCUGGAAGACGUCUUAACAGCCACAUUUUCCUACAUAAAGAUGCUUUCCACUUGUGAAAGCCUUGAAGCCUGUUAUAAGGAACUUCAAUACAUCGAAGAAAUUGGUUUUCGUUAUCAAUCCCAAAAAACCGCAUUCGAUAACGUUCAAAAUAUUACAGUGAAUAUGAAACACUAUCCCCCUAAGGAUAUAAUCACCGGUCCGGAAUUGUACUUUGAAUAUGACGGCGAACAAAUACAAUCAUUGAUACGUGAACUUAACGAAUUCAAAUUCAAUAUUAUGAUUACAUCAGAAAAGAAACACGAAGCCGUAACCUAUGAUCAAAAAGAAAAAUGGUUUGGCACAGAAUACACUUCUAUUCCAAUGCCAAACAAAUGGAUAGAUGCAUGGAACAAUUGCCCAAGUUAUCCAGAACUCUUUGUGCCUGAACCCAAUAUUUACGUAGCUCGUGAUUUCAAAAUUUUAUGGAAAGAAAAUGGUGAGCCUGAGAUAUCGGAUUAUCCGAAAAAAAUUCUUCAAACCGAUUUGUGUGAAUUGUGGUUCCGACAGGACGACAAAUUUAAUCUGCCUGAUGCCAUGAUGUACUUCUAUUUCAUAUCGCCACUGCCACGUAUGCAAGCAAAAUAUGAUGUAUUGACAGCGCUUUAUGUUCAGUACAUUAAAUAUGAUUUAGCGGAGGCAUUAUAUCCAGCAACAUGUGCUGGCAUGGAAUAUAAUUUUUAUCCAGCUGAAAAAGGAGUUGUCUUGAAGGUAAAUGGAUACAAUGAAAAGCUUCACCUGUUGGUAGAUGCAAUAACAAGAACAAUGACUUCUUUGGGAGAUACUUUUGAGAACAAACUACGACAAAUGCAAUUGACUUGUUUUAAGGCUCAUCAGAAGAAGUCUUAUUUUAAUGCUGUCAUCAAACCGAAGCUCUUGAAUAAAGACAUUCGCUUAAGUGUUUUAGAAAAUAUUCGUUGGCCACUCGUUGAAAAGUUCACAGUUCUAGCGGAUAUUAGCCUAAAAGAUAUUGAAGAAUAUUCCAAAAAUUACACUAAGCAAUUGUACGUUCAAGCACUUAUGCAAGGUAAUUUGACGGAAGAAACUGCUCAUAAUGUUAUGAAUUCCGUGCUGACCACCUUGAACUGUAAGAAAGUUAAAGACACUUGUUUCAUUGAAUCACGUACUUGCCAGAUUCCACAAGGUUCAAAUUAUGUUCAAUGUAAUGCUAUCAACAUUGACGAUCAAAAUUCAGUAGUUUGCAAUUUUUACCAAAUUGGUCCUUGUUCAUUACGCUUAGAAGGAAUUCUUGAUCUAUUGAUGAUGUUUGUUGAUGAACCCCUUUUUGAUACUCUUCGCACCAAGGAACAGCUCGGAUAUGACGUUUCAGCGUCAGUAAGAAUAAAUAGUGGAAUUGCUGGGUAUUCUAUAACUGUGCAAUGCCAAGAAUCUAAAUUUACUGCUCAAUAUGUUGAAGAGCGUAUUGAAGCAUUCCGCAUGCAAAUGAUGGUUAUUCUAAGAACUCUUGAACAAGAAGAGUACGAACACGUUCGAGAAUCGUUGAUAAAAAUCAAACAAGUAGUUGAUGCUUCUCUUUCAGAAGAAGUCAAUCGGAACUGGGGCGAGAUAUCAUGCGAAGAAUACCUCUUUGAUAGGAGAAAGCGUGAGGUUGAAAUUCUGAAAACAAUAACGAAACAGGAUCUAAUUGAUUUUCUUUUGGAGAAUGAACGUAACAACUUGAGGAAGCUGUCAGUGCAAGUAAUCGGUCAUAAAAAAGAUGCAGGUGUGUUCAAUUCAAACAAGGAAGUUUCAACACCAAGCGAAGAUGUUAUCGAGAGCCUUAUUCCUAAAUUUGUUGAACACACAUUACCUAAUAUAAUCAACUUUAAGAAACAAAUGACGGUAUUCCCAGUGACCAAGACAAGCAUAGAUUCUAUUGGUGCUCCAAUAAAAAUUAUUGAAAAUGUUUAACCAUUUAAAGAAUACAAAAUAUAAUGUAAUCUUAGCUCAA